AUUAGCGAGCAUCAAAUUAACCGGAAAGUGUAUAAAUGACUCGCAGCAAAGCGCUGUGGGCAUAACCAUCUAACAGAAUGAAGAAUUCUCUGAUUGUGUUUCUGGCUGCUGUGGCCAUCCUGCUGCUUUCCAGAUCCGACGCUGGCAAAGGACCAAAUGUCUUGCAGCGCGACGUACCGGACGCUUUCAAGGUUUUCGCAGCGUUCCCUUACGCUGUUGCCAUUUCCGACGCUGACAAUGAUACCAUCUUUGAAUGCCUGACGACGAUGCGCAAGGACUUUGACCCCGAGUCGAAGACAGUGACCUACGUGUGGUCAAUAAGCGAUGGCCCUGGCAAGAGGAAGCAUGUUAGUCUUCAUCACACUGCUGGUGCAACUCCGGACGCCACAAACUUCACAGUUGGCAAAGAUUCCAAUGAAGUGGAAGUGGCGUAUGUAAUUUGGAGUGACUACAAAGACUGCGCCAUCACGGAAGUUCCGCACUUCGCAGACCAGUGCACCUUGUGGGUGUCGAAAGAAGUGGAGGACCUUGUACCUGAGUACUGUCUGGAGCAGUUCCACGACGCAUGUGGUGUCAUGGUGCCCCUUCACGACAGCGAUCUAUGCGAGGAUGACCAGUUUGACGGGGAGGACGAUGACGAAUAGCCACCGAAAACACACUUGGAAAACCGCUGCUGAUAUCCACACGAUGGUCACGGUUGCACAAUGGACGCGGCCAAGUUCUUUACCAAAUAAAGUUUUGCUUGGAAUUAUUGA